AUGGAGAAGAUCCGGGCGGCGGGGCUCCUCAGGACGCGCGGCCUCAUCGGCGGCCAGUGGGUCGACGCCUACGACGGGAAGACCAUCGAGGUGCAAAAUCCAGCAACUGGCGAGGUCCUAGCAAAUGUAGCCUGCAUGGGCAACAGAGAAACAGCUGAUGCAAUAACUUCUGCUAACACGACAUUUUACACUUGGAGCAAACUCACUGCAAGUGAAAGGAGCAAGGCACUAAGAAAAUGGAUAUUUCUUCUCACUGUGUAUAUUCCACAAAGGCAUGACCUACUUAUGUCACACAAGGAAGAACUUGCACUUCUUAUGACACUGGAACAGGGGAAGCCUAUGAAAGAAGCCCUUGGGGAGGUGAACUAUGGUGCAAGUUUCAUAGAAUUUUUUGCUGAGGAAGCAAAGCGUGUGUAUGGUGAUAUUAUUCCCCCUACUCUAGCUGACCGCAGACUAUUGGUUCUGAAGCAGCCUAUUGGGGUAGUUGGAGCUAUUACACCAUGGAAUUUUCCUUUAGCAAUGAUAACCAGAAAGGUUGGACCAGCAUUGGCUUGUGGAUGCACUGUUGUUGUCAAGCCAUCAGAGUUCACACCUCUGACAGCAUUAGCUGCAGCAGACCUUGCUCUUCAAGCUGGAAUACCAGCUGGUGCACUAAAUGUUGUGAUGGGUAAUGCUCCUGAGAUAGGUGAUGAACUAAUGCAGAGCACACAGGUCAGAAAGAUUACGUUCACGGGUUCAACAGCUGUUGGCAAAAAACUGAUGGCUGGAUCAGCAAACACUGUGAAAAAGGUUUCUUUGGAGCUCGGUGGGAAUGCGCCUUGCAUUGUUUUCGAUGAUGCAGAUAUUGAUGUUGCCGUUAAAGGCAGUCUUGCUGCCAAGUUUCGGAACAGCGGACAGACGUGUGUAUGUGCAAACAGGAUAUUGGUGCAAGAAGGUAUCUACGAAAAAUUCGCAAGUGCAUUUGUCAAGGCUGUUCAGAGUUUGCAAGUCGGUAAUGGGCUAGAAGAGAGUACAUCACAGGUAGCUAAUCCAUCGUUUGGCUCCGUUGACAUGAUCCCUGUUGGUCCCGCUUAUAAGUGCACACAUGAAAAAAACCCGGGUUGGACGACAGCAUCUGGACACUUAGGCCCCGUUCGGAUCUCCUCCACGAUCCAGCUUCCUGAGAAGCGAGCGAGAAGUGACCCGAACGGUUCAGCUUUGAGAAUCCAGCUCCUGGAGAACGAGCGGCCUGCAGUGCAAUUUUGUGGAGCAGCUCCGGCCCAGCUUCGCAAAAAUGAGAAGCAGGAGUUGCUGGAAAUUACGUUUUACAGUUUCUUUCACAUGCAGGGUCCUCUAAUCAAUGAAGCUGCUGUUGAAAAGGUAGAGAAGUUUGUAGGUGAUGCUACUUCAAAGGGAGCCAACAUCAUGCUCGGUGGUAAAAGGCACAGCCUUGGGAUGAGCUUUUAUGAGCCAACUGUGGUAGGGAAUGUAAGCAAUGAUAUGCUUCUUUUCAGGGAAGAAGUUUUUGGUCCAGUUGCACCACUUAUACCAUUCAAAACUGAGGAGGAAGCAAUCCAUUUAGCAAACGACACCAAUGCAGGCUUAGCCGCAUACAUGUUUACAAAGAGCAUUGCGCGGUCGUGGCGUGUUUCCGGAGCUCUUGAAUACGGGCUUGUCGGUGUGAACGAGGGAUUGAUUUCAACAGAGGUAGCGCCAUUCGGUGGGGUUAAGCAGUCUGGGCUUGGGCGAGAAGGAUCAAAAUACGGCAUGGACGACUACCUGGAGAUUAAGUAUGUAUGCAUGGGCAACCUGGGUUGA